UGUCAGUACAGUGUCUUCAAUAAAUUACAUUCAUACAUUUCAUUCAUAUUUCCACAAGCUACGUGACACAGAUCUCUCGCUGUUCAUUCAUCAUGUCAUGUUUAUUGUGACAAAUUCUCCAACUUACAAAUGCUUAAAAUUGUUCCCUUCAUGAUCUUCAUGUUCUAUCCAACUGUUGUGUUAGAUUUCUAAACUUCAAUAAUUCUGCUUGGAGAACUCAUUUGUACACACAACCACAAGUAGCCCUGUAAAAAAAAAAAAUGAAUACAUGAAGAUAAAACAUUAACAGUAAUAUGUUUUAUUUUCAUAUUCCAAUUUGCAUAUGAUGCAAAAUACCUCGCAUUUAUUUCAGUGCACAGAGUUUGAGUGCCUCACUUACUUGUAUGAGCACUACAAGGAUGGAAGAUACAAAAACGGAAACAACAAACAGAAUGAAGAUGGACUAUCACACAUAUGUCCUAAUUAAUGGACCUCUUGUUGUUCUCAACAUCAUGACUAAUGCAUUUUACUUCUUUUGCAUGGUCUGUCCACUUCAUGCAGAAAGGAUCAAGCAACCUCUGAAGUUUCUCCUGUGGUCCUUGAUUUGCUGCACAAUUGCUUACUUGAUGUCAAUCACUGUGAUGUUCUUUUCUGAACUACUACCUGAAAACUCUAAGGUCUCUCAAAUCUUAGGUUUGGUGGCACUCUGCACUUUGAGCAUUAGUUUGACCUCCUCUGUCUGGCUUAACCUCUUCUUCUACACCCAGAUUGUACCAGCACAGCGAGCGUUCUUUGUCUGGAUUAAGAAGAAUAUCAAACCCAUAAUCUACUGCAUUUGCCUUGUUGAGAGAACAUUCUAUUUGUUUGGGUGUAUUGUCAUGUUCUUAAAUGAUAUUUCCCUCAAUGGCUUUGGAUUCAGUAACAAUUUCACAACACAUCAUGACAUACUUAUGUCUGUGGGACAUCACUCGAAAUGGCUGGCAUAUAUGUAUAUCAUUUGGGAUUAUGUAGUGGAGGCCUACUUCUUAAUCUGUCUGGGUGUUAUGGUGAUGUUCAAUGGUUCUACUGUAGUCUACUUGUCCAGACACAUGGGUCGUAUGGUAGCAUAUGGACAUCCACUCUCCUGUCCCCGGUUCAGUGGUCAGGUGAGGGUCACUGUCACUGGCAUCCUGCAGGGAGUCUUGUAUGUGUUCUGUAACAUGUUCAUCUUUUUUUCUCGGCACUCUCCCUCUUCAUCCAGCAAUUCAUAUAUCCAGUUCACUGUCAUCAACUUGUACAUGUCAGGCACCACGUUCAACCUGGGAGCUGGUCUGGCUGUAUUCAGGCGGAGAGCAACAGACAUCUGGAUCAGAGUAACUCAGUGGUGCAAAACACCACUGCAACAACAACAACACAACAAGGAGGAUGAUACUGAAGCUCAAACCUGA